UUUUAAAAGCUCUGCGCUCCAAGUUAGAAAAACGCUUUUACGAGGUAUCAGCACUUUUCUUUCAUUGGGGGAAAGGCGUGAGGAAAGUACCAAACAGCAGCAGACUUUUAAACUUUAAACAGACAGGUCUGAGAGCCUGAACUCUCAUUUUUCCUUUGACUUCAGCCUCCAAGGAGUUCCACCAACUUUGGCGCGCCGGCUUCACUUUUCAUUAAGUGAAAGAGAGGUGCCCAGACAUGGGUGACUGGAGUGCCUUGGGGAAGCUUCUGGACAAGGUCCAAGCCUACUCCACCGCUGGAGGGAAGGUGUGGCUGUCAGUGCUCUUCAUAUUCAGAAUCCUGCUCCUGGGGACAGCUGUUGAGUCAGCUUGGGGUGAUGAACAGUCUGCCUUUCGCUGUAACACUCAACAACCUGGUUGCGAAAACGUCUGCUAUGACAAGUCCUUCCCCAUCUCUCACGUGCGCUUCUGGGUCCUUCAGAUUAUAUUCGUGUCUGUGCCCACACUCCUGUACUUGGCCCAUGUGUUCUAUGUGAUGAGGAAGGAAGAGAAGCUAAACAAGAAAGAAGAGGAGCUCAAAGUGGCCCAGACUGACGGGGUCAACGUGGAGAUGCACCUGAAGCAGAUUGAAAUCAAGAAGUUCAAGUACGGGAUUGAAGAGCACGGCAAGGUGAAAAUGAGGGGCGGCUUGCUGAGAACCUACAUCAUCAGCAUCCUCUUCAAGUCUGUCUUCGAGGUGGCCUUCCUGCUCAUCCAGUGGUACAUCUAUGGGUUCAGCUUGAGCGCGGUCUACACCUGCAAGAGAGAUCCCUGCCCCCACCAGGUAGACUGCUUCCUCUCACGUCCCACGGAGAAAACCAUCUUCAUCAUCUUCAUGCUGGUGGUGUCCUUGGUGUCUCUCGCUUUGAACAUCAUUGAGCUCUUCUACGUCUUCUUCAAGGGCGUUAAGGAUCGCGUGAAGGGAAGAAGCGACCCUUACCACGCCACCACUGGCCCACUGAGCCCAUCAAAAGACUGCGGAUCUCCAAAAUACGCCUACUUCAAUGGCUGCUCCUCACCAACCGCUCCACUCUCGCCUAUGUCUCCUCCUGGGUACAAGCUGGUUACUGGUGACAGAAACAAUUCCUCGUGCCGCAAUUACAACAAGCAAGCUAGCGAGCAAAACUGGGCGAACUACAGCGCAGAGCAAAACCGCAUGGGGCAGGCCGGAAGCACCAUCUCCAACUCGCACGCCCAGCCGUUUGAUUUCCCCGACGACAACCAGAAUGCCAAAAAAGUUGCUGCUGGACAUGAACUCCAGCCAUUAGCCAUCGUGGACCAACGACCUUCCAGCAGAGCCAGCAGCCGCGCCAGCAGCAGACCUCGGCCUGAUGACCUGGAGAUUUAAACCGGCUUGAGCAUCAAGCUGUCGAUCGAUUAUGGAGGAGAAAAAAAGGUGCUUGCAGAACGUGCACCUAGGGUGUUCAUUUUCGUUCCCGUGGAGUUGGUACUCAACAACCUCAGCAAUGAGGCAUAGAAAACAAAGACAUUACAAUACCUAGGUUCCUUGGGGGGUGCUUGGGAUAGCUGGGCGGAACAGGUGGGGAUAAGGGAGGUACACAUUGAUAUUUAAUGUAGAAGAUUCAAAGAACUUAAAUUCUAGUAAGAGUCGCAUUGGGUGAACGUAGAUAAGGGCUUUCUCUCUCUGCCCCCACCCCCAAGUGAACCUUAAGAAUGAGUCUGUGUACAUGAGUUGAGUGAGUGAUAAUUUUUUUUUUUUUUAAAUUUUGUUUUACUGAGAUUCUGCGAUAGCUUUGAGCAGAAAUCCAAGUCCUCCACAUAGCGUUUCCUUUAUGAAAAGACAGAUUGUCCUACAUCCUCCUCCAAAAAAACAUUCCAGUGUUUAAAAACUUGCAUUUUGCAGGUAAGCUUCCCUGGUCUACCCCUCCGGGUGUGAGUGGACCUUGUGUUAUUUGCUAGACACGAUUUUCAUUCUUAGUAUCAAUCUGAAGUUCAGACAAGACUCAAAGAAAAACGACCGCCCAUGUAGUUACAUCUCAGUGGGCUCUUUGCUGAAUCUGUCUCACCUUUGUGCCUUCCAAACAUCAUCCUCGACUGGUCCUCGCCCUCGCCAAACGGCUUCUAUCAACAUUUUUAAAACAGUCAUAACGUCAUUUUUAGUUUAGUUUUUUUUCUUUUGAGUUAGCAUCAGGGAGGUGAGCCAUGCUCAAGA